CCAUUUAAAAUGUUCAACAGAUCCUCACGUCGUGAUGAUGCCUACGAAGCCGAGAGACAGCUGGCCCGCCGGGUGGAGCAGUCUCAAGGCGACCUCUUUGGUUUCGGCGCGUUCGACCGGAUGUUCCGGGAACAGGAACAGGCAAUGGACAGUAUGAUGAGAGGGAUGGAGAGGGACAUGUCUCUUGCUACGCGUACUGGUGGCGGCAAUGAACUAUUCGGAGGCAUGUUAUCUGCUGGGCAGCCUCAACAAGGUCAAUAUUCGAGUCAGGUUUAUGUGUCCUCUACCUGUCGGGGUCCCGAUGGGAAGGAGGUCACUGAGCAGUACCAGAGCUCUACCGUAGGUGAUGCAGAGAGGAGACUACGGGAACAGCAGGAGAUGUAUACCAACUCGGGUACCGGUCUGGACAAAAUGGCUUUGGAAAGGACCAUGGGUGAACAAGGCCGCCGAGUUGUCCGUAGCCGCAAUCGCAAUACAGGUGAUCAGAACACGCAAGAUAUGUUCCGUGGCGGCCUCACUGAAGAGAAUGCUGCCGAGUUCGACCAGCGCUGGAAGGAAGAUGCAGUGCCUUACCUACCCCGUCAUGGAGCCUCUGGGAUGCAAGCCUUGGGCGGGGCUCGUUACAGCAGCAUUGAGGAUGUCGGUGAUCAGCAGUCUAGGAGGAGGAGCCGCGAACAGCGACAACUUACCGGCAUCUAGAUACCCUUUUGGUUUUGGAUUAUCAUCAAACACCCAGUGGUAUUGAGGAUGAACAGUAUUGCUCCCUUUGUUAGAGUGUGCUGUCUUUAUUUAUUGGACUAGCUCUUCGAACUACAAUCAUUGAACCAUAUUGUCGAGUAGAUGAUGAUCAAACACC